AUGAACAGAUCCGAUACAACUGAGUAUGGUAAAGAAAACACAAGUCCAUAAAGGAACUGGGAACAGAGACAUUUCUGAUUUCAUGAUUUCUCAUUCAGAUUGAAUUAAUGUUGGUCUUUGGGCAUUUAAAGGUGUUCGGAGAAUAGGGAAAUUUCUGCACAAUGGAUGAGACAGAGGACCCUGAAUUCAGAUUAUGAAAUCUUUGAUUUUAAGCCAUGUUUCCAUGGUUACAGGGACGUUUCUAUAGACAUACGGUGAUGCUACUGACAUUACUUAUGUUAUAUUUAUGUGGAACAUCAGAACAAAGCAGUUUAUUGUACGUGGACUCUGGUUGUAAUAAUUCACAAGCACAGAAAGUACAAGUUGACUACUCGAGUACGGUCAUUGACCACGAGUACAUUGUCUCAUUCAAUGGAUACUAUAAACCUCAGGCCAGGAAACGAUUCUUGACAGCUGCUCUUCACGAUUCUGGAGUUUUGUCAUGGAAGAUCUUACCCAGAGAUAAUUUGGCCUAUGAUUACCCUAGUGAUUUUGAUGUUGUGAAGCUGAAUGAUGGUAGACUUGAUGGCAUUGCAGCCUUGGAGAGCCAUCCUAUUGUCAAGAGGAUAACCCCGCAUAAGAAAUUGUCAAGGUCACUUAAGUUUGUCAAAGAUGUGGAACAAAGUGAGAUGGAAGAUAAAGAGUGUAAUGAGACCUCAUCAAAUAUCUGUCCUCAAACAUUUCAUUCCUCAAGAUCCCACAACCGCAGAAGUCUCUCCCUGGGUGCUACAUACUGGCAUUCACCUGCAAGAUUUAAAGGGAGACGACUCUUAAGGGCUGUUCCUAAACAGAUUGUCAGUGCUCUACAAGCCGAGAUCCUUUGGAACAUGGGAUUCACAGGGGCUGGUGUGAAAGUUGCAAUAUUUGAUACCGGUCUUUCGGAAGACCAUCCACACUUCAAAAGGGGUAGAAUCAAAGACAGAACAAACUGGACCAAUGAAAAGACCCUAGAUGAUGGUUUGGGACACGGCACAUUUGUGGCUGGAGUGAUUGCAAGUUACAAGGACUGCCUGGGCUUUGCUCCAGAUGCAGACAUCCACGUCUACAGGGUCUUCACCAACAAUCAGGUAUCCUACACAUCGUGGUUCCUGGAUGCUUUUAAUUAUGCCAUCCUGAAGAAAAUCAAUGUGCUGAAUCUUAGCAUUGGGGGACCAGACUUCAUGGACCAUCCUUUUGUUGACAAGGUUUGGGAACUCACAGCCAACAAAGUCAUCAUGAUUUCUGCAAUUGGGAAUGAUGGUCCCUUGUAUGGGACACUGAACAACCCGGCAGACCAGAUGGAUGUUAUUGGAGUGGGAGGGAUCAACUUUGAUAACCAGAUUGCCAGGUUCUCCUCCAGAGGAAUGACUACAUGGGAGCUUCCUCAUGGUUAUGGAAGACUAAAACCAGACAUUGUUACGUACGGAUCAGCUGUCCGAGGGUCAGCCCUCAAGGGAGGCUGUAGAUCCCUUUCUGGAACCAGUGUUGCGUCCCCUGUGGUUGCUGGUGCUGUGACUCUCCUGUACAGUGCUGUGUUAGACAGAGCCAAAACUAUUAACCCAGCCAGCAUGAAGCAGGCUCUCAUGGCUUCCGCUAGAAGGUUACCAGAGGUCAAUAUGUUCGAGCAGGGUCAUGGCAAGCUAGAUUUGAUCAGAGCUUAUCAAACUCUCAGAACCUACAAACCACAGGCUAGUUUGAGUCCAAGUUACAUUGACCUCACAGAAUGUCCGUACAUGUGGCCAUACUGUUCUCAACCAGUCUACUAUGGAGCCAUGCCUGUCAUAAUUAAUGUAACAAUUCUAAAUGGAAUGGGAGUAUCAGGGAGAAUUUUGGACAAACCCCGUUGGGAACCGUACAUUCCUCACCAUGGUAACUACAUAGACGUGGCGUUCUCCUACUCUAAGACACUGUGGCCGUGGUCCGGAUACUUAGCCGUCUCCAUUUCUGUUGCCAAGUUGGGGGCAUCAUACGAGGGCAUUGCUCAAGGGCAGAUCACCCUGACUGUAGAAUCGCCCCCGGAGGGCGAAGAAAAAACUCCACGUCAGACAAUCUUAAAGCUACCUAUUAAAGUUCAGAUUAUUUCAACUCCUCCUAGAAGUAAGAGGGUGUUGUGGGACCAGUACCACAAUCUGAGGUAUCCACCGGGCUACUUCCCCAGAGACAACCUCAGGAUGAAAAAUGAUCCUUUAGACUGGAAUGGCGACCAUAUUCACACAAAUUUUAAAGAGAUGUACCACCAUCUCAGAACCGCUGGUUAUUUUGUCGAAGUCAUGGGUUCCCCAUUGACCUGCUUUGAUGCCAGUCAGUAUGGUACCCUCCUGAUUGUGGAUGCAGAAGAAGAGUAUUUCCCAGAGGAGGUGACCAAACUGAAGCGGGACAUCGAUAAUGGUUUGUCAGUUAUCAUCUUUGCUGACUGGUACAAUGUCACAGUGAUGAGAAAAGUCAAGUUCUAUGAUGAAAAUACAAGACAGUGGUGGAUGCCAGACACAGGCGGGGUAAAUAUCCCGGCCAUGAAUGAUCUCUUGGCCCCUUUGGGCAUGGCAUUUAGUGAUAAAGUUUAUGAAGGGGAUUUUACUUUGGGUGACCAUGAUAUGUAUUAUGCAUCAGGAACAAGUCUGGCUAAGUUUCCUGAUGAUGGCAUUAUAGUAACCCAGACUCUCAAAGACCAAGGUCAUGAGGUGCUGAAGGGAUCGUCUGUUACAAAGGAGAAUGUUCCUAUUUUGGGCCUCUAUCAGACAAUGACGCAGCCCAGUGGUGGCCGGGUGGCCCUGUACGGAGAUUCCAACUGCCUGGAUAACAGUCAUAUGCAGAAAGAUUGUUUCUGGAUGUUGAGUGCCAUCCUGGAGUAUACAGCCUACAAUAACCUGGUACAGCUGUUCUCAAAUCAAGACAAAGUGGUCCUGCCUCCAGUUGACUUGCCUAAUAGAAUGGAAGGCAAUCAUUUACACAGAUACUCAAAAGUGAUUGAAGGUCAUCUUGGUACAGCAAGGUCAAGAAUUUUACCAACAUGUCCAAGAGUCAUCUAUGCACCAAGUCACCCGAUUAACAAAUCGGCUCCAUCGAAUCUUUUCCAACAGCAGAAGCUGCUCUCCGUUGGACUAGACGAGUCUUUGCCACUGGAUAGGCAAUCUGUGGAGGAUUUAAUUGAAUCAAUGGAAACCAAGGAAAAAAUUGACCAUGGUGCGGAACCUCACAUACAGGGGGGAGGAGUUAUGCAAGACAUUGACUCCAAUAGUGUGUUCCCAGUGUUAGCCUUUAUAGGCACAGGGCUUGUACUGUUGUUUCUGCUCAAUCAAUACUACAGAGGGCGCUCUAAGCCACGUAGGAAGAGGCCACGAUUAAAAAAGAUUCACACAUUGUUAUACGGUACCAAGGGACCCAGUGUUUGACACAAGUUAUUCCUAGUUGCCAAAAAUAUUAAAGGAUCCAGUAACAACGUUUGAAUUGUCCCUUUCUUCCUCGUCAAAAGAAAUAAAAACUAACAGUAAAUAUGCAAUGCCUAUUUGUGAUAUUGAUAUUAUUGAUAAUUGAAUGAAAUGUAUUUUUUUUUAUUGUUUUUUUUAUGAUCAGGAAAAACUCAUUUUGAUAAUGAAUGUCAAAAAGUAAUCUUGUUAUAAUCAUUAAAUUCCAUUCCUUUGUGUAAAUGUUUGUACAGGUUGGUAUAUUUAUGUCAUUCCGCUUUAAAAGAUAUAUGUAAUGAGUGAAAAUAGUCCAUAGAAGUGAGAUUGGAGGAAUAAUGUUUGUUAUAAUGAGUGAUGAUGAAAACUAGUCCAAUAUCAUUAAUCAUGACUAAGGAUAAAUGUCCCUUUACCCUGAAAACUGUAGCAUUGAGGUCUCUUUGAUAGACAAAAUAAAAUUUCAAGCAAUAUUUGAUGUUUUGCACAAGUUUCAUCAGCUACAUGUACUUAUGAUUAUAUUUGUGAAAGAAACCAAAGAUUCAAUUUCUUUUUGUCAAAGUAGAAUAUGAAAUCCACACAGCAAUUGACGAUACAGAUAAGAAACUUGUUUAUAAGGAUACAGGUGACUGAGGAUACCAUACAAGUUGUUUUCAGAUAUAUACAUUUUAAAAAUGUAUAUUUAUAGUGUUAUAACGAGUUUUAUUAAAGCAUUCAUUUUUCAUAGGACAGGUACACAUGUACAACAUAAUGGCCAUACAUUUUUAUUUAUUUUUAAUUGGUACAACAUAAUGGCCAUACAUUUUUAUUUAUUUAUUUUUAAUUGGUACAUAGGUUAUCACACAAUGUCCAGAAUGUGGUGAGACAGUGGUGUGUUUAUAUAUGUGUCUGAUGUGUUGUUUUACUGUAGACGUUUGAUUUAGGAGGCAAUGUAGCUAGUUUAUACAUGUGUUCUUGUGUGCAAGCUAGGUGUGUAUCAAUAAGUUUUAACUUAUUAACAUUUCCAAGUACAAACAUGUUUUUGGAUUUUGUUUAUUGUCUCAUAUUUUGUACAUCUUUAAUAGUCUGCAAUACAUGUGCAUAAUAAAGUACAUUUUUGUGUAAAUGAUGAUUUCCUAAAGGACCUUUACUGUAUUUAUUUGAGAAAAUCCCACCUCUAAACUCCAUGUACACAACAUGUAUACGUAGCAUCAUGGUAAAGCUCUGUAUUAGAGUAGUAAUUUACAUAUAUUUUUAAAUUUUUAUAAUUCCUCCACAAGAAUAGAAUACAUGUACAUGCAUGAUUAAAAUGUAUUUCUUGACAUUCGCAAUUGUACCGAGAUAAAUGAAGGAAUUUUUGUGAUCUACAAAUAUAUUGUGGUACAAACAUCUCAGAUGUAAUGAUUUACAAUUUUCUAGUGUAUAUGUAGUUUUAAGUUUUUACCAUUUGAUUGGUUGUUUUGUGACAUAAUUUGAAUUUUAAAUCUUAAAGAAGUUGCAGAGUUUAUUUACAAAAAGGCACUUAAGUAGUGCCACACAUCUGCCACACCCAAAUCAUUUUAAACGAGAACAAGACUCAUCUUUUCCAAAGUCUCUUCAUGUCCAUUGAUAAUUAAGAAAUAAAUUUUGAUUUUUAAAAUUUACAUGAACUGGGAUGCUUUACACCAUCAUACUUUGUGAAGCAUGUUAAAAAUGAAAUUCAUUUUUUAUAUUUACAUUUUACUUUCAUUUCCAUUGAAAUUCCCAACCUUUUAAUAGAUAAGUUGUAUUGUAUUUUAAAGAUUCAUAUGCACAUUGUUCACAUUCAUGAGGAAAUGGCUAUCAUUAUGUUCCCCAAACAAAGUUUGGGAACAUAUUGUUUUUACUCUGUUUCUUCUUCUUAUUAUUUUUUCAAUUGGUAUUGAAGGCAAAAACAUUGGAAAUGUAAAUAUAGACACAUGAAUGAUAUAUAAGCUCUGAAUGCUCAUAACUUCAUUGGUAGGGGUAAUUAUAAAAAUGAAAGUUGUAAUUCAGAGUGAAUAGGGAAUGUCAUGCUUCAUCUCACUCAUCCCUCCCCCACCCCCAUCGAUUAAGCCAUUUGAUGCAAUGAAAAUAAAGUAUUUUUGAAAAUUUUCA